UUGUGGAAUUUUCGCGCAAAAAAAAGCAUUUUGUGAAUUAAUUUUAAUAUUAAUCAUUUUCUACUGUAAUUAACCACUUUUAAAGGAUACUGAGAGGAUCAUCAUAAAAUCAAGCUAUGGAAGAUCCUUUAAAGAUACUUCCAGAAGAAGUAUGUGAGAUAAUCUUCAGUAAUUUAAAAAAGGAUGACAUCAUGCAAGCAUCAUUAGUCUCAAAACAUUGGUAUCGAAUUACUGGAAGAUCAAAAGAAUGUAUGAACAAAAUUGCAAUCUAUCAUGCAUUUUUAGAAGACAAUCCAGAGACCAAGUAUAUCUUAGCUAGUGAACGACUAUAUCAGCAUUUAGAUUUUCGAAAUUAUAGCUGCAAACGUGACACAAAAUUGAUAAGAAAUCUUCGAUCCAUUGUUAACAAAUUCGCUGGAUCAUUGAUCACAUUAAGAUCUCACGUUGAUAUCGUGCGCACUUCUGAGCUACCAAAAUUGAAAGAACUAAUGAUAUGUUGUAAUUAUUACUAUCAGCAUCAAUAUUGCAUCGAAAAACUUGGAUUAACAGCAAAAGCAAAAUGUGUGAAGAAAUUAAAAAUAGACUGCACUGAUCUAUGCAAGACAUCUAUAAAAGUUUUGCAACAGAAGAUUGCAAACCUUCACAAUUUAAAAGUUUUAAAUAUAAGUGAUCCUUACUUGCUUGAUGGUUUAAAAUCUAAAAAAUUUAAACUUGAAGAAUUUAUUCUAAACUAUAAUGAAAGUUUGGAAUGGAUUCCUGCAUAUUUUGAGUUCUUCGUCACUCAACGGUCGUACCUGAAGUUUAUUGAUCUUAACAUGAGUUUUAAACAAAUUGCAUUAUUCAUGGAACAAUUUCCAAAAUUAGAAACACUAAUUGUGCGAAAUGAAGCAUUUGACGUAGAUGAAAUGGAUCAAUUAAUGUAUAUUGAGAAUCUGGCAUAUCCACAUAAUGACAGCAUCACUACAUUUGGAUAUUAUGGAUUUAUUUUCAAUGGUGAAACUGACAAUAUUGUCGCAAUCUUGCCAAAGUUGAGAAAUUUACAAAAGCUAAAGCUCAAUAUUAUCGAUCCUAAACUAACGGAAAGUAUUAUAAGCAUGACGUCUCUUAAAACUGUUGAGUAUUGUGACAGAGAUGACCUCUCAUUUGAAUCUGUUACUCGUAUAGAACAGAAUAUUAAAUUAGCAAAGUGUGACUUCGUUCAUAUUCGUAGUUUUUAACCACACAUUCUCUUUGCAUUAAGUUAUAGAAACAGAAUCAUUGGAAUCAAGAAAUAAAAUCCAUCAAACUUAUUCAGGUAUCAAAAAUUUUAUUUACGUCAAUAAGAUAUAAAAAUUAUUCUAAAUAGAAAAAUACAUCAUGUCCAUUUUUUCUAAUCUUAAAAAAGGUAUUCAGGAAGUCAAAAUUGAUUAGGUCAAAAAGAUUUAAUGUCUAUAUAAAAAUACAGCAAGCAAUGUGCGCAUUUGUCUGUUCUAUUUCGUCUGAAUAAUAUUGAACAGUUAGUUGCCACAGAGCUGCAACUUUCAAGUAGUUUGAGCAUACAUAUUAAUAUAAAAAUGGAGAUUGUCUUUUUAUGGCAAACAUGCUAUAGGCAAAAUGAUUGAAACAUGAUAUGUCAUUUUUGUGAGAUUCUCUUACAAUUAUGCUUAAAAAAUUCAAAAUCUCAUAUUUGAGGGUUUAUUCAUAAAUGAUGUUAAACUUUUAGGGAAGUGUUUAAAAUUUAGCUAUCUAUAAAUGAUGAUCUGCAACACUAGACGUGUCUG